AUGCAGCAUACAGGCAUCAUGCUGAUUGUGUUCUUGGAAUAUUUUAUUUCUGGCCAUGGGGAAGCAGAUCCCACAAGGCUACGAGCCUUCCGCUGUAAUGGCCGUUCUUGCAACCCUCCAGUGGGAAACCUUGCAACAGGGAGGACACCAGUCACUCUCACCACGUGUGGCCAGAACAGUACAGAACUGUACUGCUUCUACCCAGACCAGAAUCUCCUCCAUCAGGUCUCCCAUGGCUGCGGGCAUCCUCGCUGCACCAAAUGUAAUGCCAACCAGCCUGAUAACUCGCAUCUCCCUGCUGACAUGACAGAUGAUUUCUUUGCAAACCCCAUCUCCUGGUGGCAGUCUGCCCAAGGCGUACACAGGGAAGAAAUCAGACUGGACUUUGAAACAGAAUUCUACCUGACCCAUGUCAUUGCUGUGUUCAAAUCACCUCGCCCAGCUGCGAUGGUGUUGGAAAGAUCCCAGGACUAUGGGCAAACUUGGAGGCCCUACAAGUAUUUCUCUGUCAACUGUACAGCGACUUUUGGGCUCCAGGAUGAUGUCAUUGAGGAGAGCUCCAUGUGCACUUCCAGGUAUUCACAUGCAGUGCCCUGCACCAGAGGAGAGGUGAUUUAUCGUGCCUUAAGUCCAGCUAACAAGAUCGAAGACCCCUAUAGUCCUGAGGCUCAAGAUCUCCUGAAACUCACCAACCUCCGCCUCCUUUUGUUAAAAAGACAGGAAUGUCCAUGCCAUGGUUCGGAAUUGGUAGAGAAACCUCAGAGAUUUGCCCACUAUGCUAUUUAUGACCUGAUCAUCCGGGGAAGCUGCUUUUGCAAUGGGCACGCAGAGGAAUGCGAGCUUGCCAACAGCACAGGAGUCAUGGAGAACGUGGUCCAUGGGACGUGUGUGUGUAGACACAACACAGCAGGGGAGCACUGUGAGAAAUGUGCACCGCUAUACAAUGAUCAGCCUUGGAAGCCAGGAGAUGGAAAAACAGGGGCACCAAAUGAAUGCAGAAAGUGUCGCUGUCACAACCAUGCUGACAGCUGCCAUUUUGACCUGAGUGUUUGGCUGGCAUCAGGAAAGCGCAGUGGUGGAGUCUGUGACAACUGCAAGCACAACACCGAGGGACAUCGGUGUCAAAGGUGCAAACCAGGGUAUUACCGAGACAGAGGGAAGCCCAUGUCUUCUACAGAGGUCUGCAAACCUUGCGCCUGCCAGCCAAUGGGUUCAGCCAACGCAACUUUCAGCAGAAGCUGGCGAUGCCACCCCAAGACGGGAUUCUGCUACUGCAAGCCGGGUGUGGCAGGCCCCAACUGCGAUAGAUGUCUCAUGGGCUACUGGGGCUUUGGAGAAAAUGGCUGUCGCCCUUGUGACUGUGCCAGAGACUGCGACCAACAUACUGGAAGCUGUUUCAAUGGCUAUGACAAUGAGCCUUUCUUUAACAUCCCCAUUGGGGGACGAAUCCCUGACCUUGUGCAAAUGCCAACCAACGAGAGCGAAGAGGAGUGGAAAUGGAAUGACCAUGAGCAGGGAUUUUCUGCACUGAGGCACCCAGAAAAGUGUGUGUGCAAAGAAAAGGUGCUUGGAAGCGUCACUGACUUCUGCCAAAUGAAAUAUGCUUACGUGAUAAAAGCAAGAAUCCUAUCAGCUCAUGACAAAGGGACCCACGCAGAAGUAGUUGUGAAAGUGAAGAAGGUCCUGAAAUCAGGCAAGGUGAAAAUUGCUCGGAGCAACAGAAGCAUUUACCCAGAAUCCUGGACCAACAGGGGAUGUACAUGUCCCAUUCUCAAUCCUGGCACUGACUAUCUUAUAGCAGGCCAGGAGGACUCUAGGACCAGCAAACUCCUUGUGAACAUGAACAGCCUGGUGAAACCCUGGAAAGCGUAUUUGGGAAAACAAGUAUCAGAUAUUCUUCGAACUGGGUGCAAAUAA